GUAUGCUUCAUGGUAUAUGUGGCCACAUCUAGCUGUAGAAAAAAACGUUAUACUAUAUAAUUAAUUGGUAGCUGAGCGGUAAUUGAAAUAUGUUAGUAAUAAAAAGUGGUGGUUCUGAAAUAGGGAGCUUCAUACUCUUGUUUGAAAUACAAAAUCUGAUCUUACAUAUGAAUGAUGUUAGUAACGAUAAUGUUUAAAUAAAAUUUAUUUUGUUGAUAACUGUGAUAAGGUCAUAUCACACUACAACAUUAACAUAAUCAUUGUAUUUUUGUUUUUACAAUAAUCACAGAUAUUUGUGGCAUCUGUUGCAAUAAUACAGUUAGAGCUACUAUGUCUAAAAAUCGCUAUGUGAGUAACAGUUCCAGAGGUAUAUUUGACGAGGAAGAUGAGAUUGAUGACAAUGAAUUUCUCAGCCGUGUCCGACCAAAUAGAAAUGAUCUCUUAGGUCAAAAUUUUAGUAAUCAAAGUUUAGCCAAUGCUCAUCAACAAAAACAACAAGUGAUUGAAGCAACUAAAGAUGUAGAGCAACGAACUCUUCAAUCUACUGAAAGAACAUUACGUCUUUUAAGGGAAUCAGAAAAUAUUGGAACUGCCACUGCUGAAGAAUUGGUUAGACAAAGAGAACAGUUGCAAAAUACUGACAGACGGUUAGAUGAGAUUAAUUCAAAUUUACGUGUUAGUCAAAAACAUAUUCAAGGCAUAAAAAGUAUAUUUGGAAAUUUUAAGAAUAUGCUCAGUGGAAAAUCUAGUUUACCUGCCCGUAGUGCUUCAAUAGAUGAGCCAUCAGUCGCUCCUAAUAUAAGUGCAGUAAGGAGAAGCACAUUAUGUGCAACAUUAGCACAAACAAAUUCAAACUUAAGUUCUAUGGAGGAGCAUCCAGGUUUAAGAAUUAGAGGGUUGACUGACAAUGAAGUUACUAAACCAAGUAAUGUGCAAUCAUCAUUAGAUAAUAAUUUAGAUGAAAUUUUAGGAUCAGUGACUCGAUUAAAAGGUUUAGCUCUUGGUUUAGGAGAAGAAAUUGAUUCUCAAAAUGACUUGGUAGAAAAUAUUAUUGGUAAAGCUGAUAAGGCUGAUAUAAAUAUGGGAAGACAAAACAAAGAAAUAAGUCGGAUCUUAAAAAAAUGAUUGCCUUUUCUACUAAAAACAUUCCUAUUCAAUAUCUAGCCAUCUUUAUUGCUAUUAAAUAACAUAUCUAAUAAUUUUUUAAAAAAUAAUGUAUCCUUUUAAUGAAUACACUGCACAUUUUUUCAGUAUUGUAUUGUUUUAUUAUUCUGUCAAUGUAUAUUGUUAUUUGUAUAUAUCUUUAAUUAUACAUGUAAUAAGGUUUGUUAUUUUAGAAGUUUUUGUUGGAAUUUUAUAUUAGAUACACAAGUUAUUUGAAUGUAAUUAAAUAUUAAAGUAGUCAAAAGUAA